GUGGCAAAGAGGGUUGGAUUAUCUCCUCAUGCCUGAAUCUGGGCGCGUUGUAUGCAACGAUGCGGAAAAGCAGAUCAAUAGCGUUGUUGUGCAGCUGUCCGGAAGCACGUCUAGAUUCAUCCAUUGAAUCCAAUCCCGUUUACUAUACUAAAGGGACCUCAUCCCCCUAAAAAUACGCCAGGACCAUUACCCUGCUUCUGGAACGUUAAUGAGAUGGGCAGAACAACAGGAGGGUUACACGUGUCAGUAAGUGGUCUGUGUGCUGCGGUGAAGGUCUUGCAUUUUUCGCACUCGUCGUCAGGAGAAGAGCGCCACGUGGCACUCAGGUGGGACGACCGGGACCGCUGACGUGGAGGAGCAGAUGUCCCAAACUGCGGCGCAUCCCGAUGGCCACGGCCAGCUGUCUCGAGCUGUCCGGAGUUCGAGAGAUGGCGGGAAUUCGAGAGAUGGCGGGAAUUCAAUAUUGCCUUUUCUCUUCAGCAGCACCAGAUAUCGCUCUUUGUCGGGAUCGGGUGGGGACGAAGGCCUUUUCCCGGUGUUGGUGCAGCCAUCGCUCGGUCGUGCGAACUCGCCACGUGUCGUUAUCUCCUCGCCUCAAGCGAUUGCCUCAAUUGUCUUCUUCCUUCUCGUCUAGCUCCUCCUCCCCUUCCUUCUCCUCCUCCUCCGCCUCCUCCUCCUCCUCUUCCUCCUCCUUCUCCGUACAUCCGUCAUCAUCAUUGCCUUCCUCUUCAUCGUCAUUGGAUAGAAAGCAGUCGGGUGCGGGCCGGGGUCCCGAGGCGAAAAAGCCGUCUGGUGUGGAUCGGGGUCCCGACUCGGAGGCGAAAAAGCAGUCUGGUGCGGAUCGGGAUCCCGACCGAAGGGGGAAUGAUGUGCCGCCCACGCGGCGCGCUUCGGCGCGUCCGCCGGCACCGCCAUUUCGCUCGCAGCGGGCGGCGCAGCAGCGCAUGCCCAGCGGCGGAGGAGGAGCCGCGCCGGCGGCGCUUAGUGCGCGCUCGUCCUCUUUGCGGAAGGAAGUGCGCGCGUUUCUCGAGGAGUUGGAUGGCCUUCCCCUGGCGGUCGAGCUGGGUCGGUAUCUGGACAAGUGGGUAAGUCAGGUCUCGCUGUACGACCUGACGGCUGUGCUGAAGCAGCUGAGUUUGGCGGGGGAUUGGAGAAGAGCCUGGCAAGUGUUUGAUUGGAUGACCUGUCACGACCAACUGCGUCCCGAUGUACACGUGUACACGUUGAUGAUAUCCAUCUUAGGAAGAUCAGAUAAGCUUCUUCGAUACGCCAAAUCAUUAUUUGACUCGAUGGAGAGCGCCGGGUGCAUGCCAAAUGUGUAUGCGUACAACGCACUUCUAAACGCCUAUGCCAAGAAUGGAAGAGUGAGGAACGCGUUCGAUUUGUUCAUGAAGAUGAAGGUUGCCGGAAUCCGGCCGGAUGUUGUGACGUACACAGCUAUGGUGUCUGCUGUGGCAUCUGGAAUGUCAAAGACGACAGAGACCAUGGAGGGCUCUCCUGCCUUGAAGAGAGGUAAGGGUGAAGGGAAGUGUCAGAAGUCCAUGCCUGGCAAGCCAAUGAUGAUGGAGCCUGCACAAGAAGCCGUGAUGCGAGUGAGGGGGUUGUUUGCGGAGAUGGAAGAAGAAGGGAUUAUUGCCGAUGUGGCUAUGUAUAGCUCGCUGAUGAAGGCAUUCCUAAGGUGCGGCGAUCCCCGUGGUGGCGCCCUGGUUAUCGACCUGAUGAAAGCUCGUGGAUCGCACCCGACUCUGAUGAUGUACAAUCAGCUGCUGGACGCGUAUGGCAAAGCGCAAGCUUUCGGGCCGAUGGAGUCACUUGCAGACACAAUUCAACGGGAGGAGGGCUGCCAGCUCAGCUUGGUAUCUUACAACACCAUGAUGGAUGCUUAUGCAAGAGUGCAGAGGAUCGAAGACGUUGAACGCAUGAAGAAACGGAUGCAGAACGCAGGUUACGUGCCGAACGAUGUGACAUAUGCCAUACUCCUCGGUGCGUACGGAAGGGUGGGAAUGUCUCACAAAGCGGGAAGAACUAUGGAUGCGAUGCGUGAUCAAGGCUAUCAGCCCCAUGGGAUGGCAUAUUUAGGUCUAAUUGAUGCGUACAGCAAAGCGGGAUUAACAAAGAAGGCGAUGGCGGAGUUCGAGAGGAUGAAGAUGGAGGGGAUUCGACCGACAGUUGAAGUGUUCAGCGUCUUGAUGGAUGCUUACGGGCGUGCCGGCAAGGUGGAAGAGAUGCAAAACCUUUGGAAAGAAUUGUGCAAACAGGACUGCAAGCCGACACGUGCCACGUUCAUUGCGAUGCUCGGUGCGUUCAGUAAACUAGGGAUGGAUGUACGAGCGGGAACGGUAUUCACAUUGAUGAAACAGUCAGCCAUUGCGCCCGGCACGCUCGAAUACAACAUGCUUAUGAAUGCGUACGCCCGAGCGAACAAGCUGGUCAUGGCUUCUGGGCUAUUGGAGGAAAUGAAGAAGAUGAGAGUCAAGCCGGACACCGUGACCUUCACCACCUUGAUCUUUAUGUACAUAAAGGCGAGAUUAUACGUCAAGGCAGAGAAAAUAUACAAGCAGAUGUUGGAAUCGGGCAAGAAUCCAGACGAGGCGACGGACAAAAAGAUGCGAGCUGUUCUUGACCCGCAGUUGAGGAGGCUUGAGCAGCUAAACGAGUAUGCAGCAAAAGGGCAAGAGAAGGUGUGGGUGGAGCCCAAACUGCUGCCACCAAACGGAGGGGGUGGAAUUCCGCCGGGAAGAAAUCAGAACCGGAUGACAAUGCCGAGGGUAACUGAAAAAGUCCCACAGGGAAAAACUUAUACCGGCUGCAAGACCUUGUCAGUUCCAAAGACUCGUGGCGCAGAAAGAGCUAAGGACGCGAGAACGAGGAGUAAUCAACCACGGAAAACUGUCACAGCUUCCUCGGCAAACUCCAGGCGGCCGAUUCCGAGACGGCCUGGGAUGCACGCCAAGCCUGGUGUACCGACUAGAAUUGUCGCCCUUGAGUCUGGGUUGACAGAACGGAUAAAGGAUGUGGGAGAGGACAUUCUUUUCUAAAGUGCUAAAAGGAAGAAAUUGGCACGUGCACUUUUGAAGGACAAGCAGUAGCGGCAACAAGCGAUCACUAUGUCGUUCGUCAACGAUUGACGGUGUGCGCAUAUGCUUUUGCUCAUGUGCAGAGGACUUCCUGUAAGUUCCUGUGAGAAUUGCAGUCAGAUUCAUCCAGCUCUGGUCGUAAUUGCAGGUAGAUACAUCCAGGAAAGCCCUAGUGUGCAAAUGGCGGCCUGAGAUGAACUUUCCUGUCAGUUGAUUGCGCGACACGCUGAGGGACAGGGACAGGGACUACUUCCUUCUUCUCCCACGGAACACAACGCCCCAGCGUCGAGGCUGCACUUGGACUCGAACAGGGUUUGUAUACAUUUUCUUUCAUGAUGACACAAUGCCCCAGCGUCCUGACUGCAUUUGGACUGGAACAGGGUUUGUAUACACUUUUUUCCAUGAUGAUGGAGUGGUGUGUUUGGGCUGUGAAGAGGACAAGAGAUAGACUGUUGCAUUGCGAGGAGGAGGCUGGUACGAGUGCGCAUCUGGAAGUAAGUGGUGGUUGGGGAAGGAAGACAGCAUCUGGGUUAGGAAGGAGGGGUGCGGAUUAGACGGCACGGGCAGGUGUAGAUGACAUGAUCCGUCGAUUAUCUGUUUUAUUCGUAUUUUAAUACUUUAUCAAUUUAAGA